AUGGCUGCGAGCGUGGCCGCCAGCGUGGCUGCCAGCGAUGAGCGGGAUCAUCCUCGUGCAAUUCCUGUUUAUCAGAUCCUAGGCCGCCCUGAACAAGGAAUUGAAGUUGACUGGGUUGUGGAAGACACAUUAGGAAACUGGUGGAGACCAAAUUUUGAAGCACCUCAGUAUCCAUAUAUUCCUGCUCACAUAACAAAGCCUAAAGAACAAAGAAAACUCUUUCUUGUUCAACUUGGAGAGAAAGCUAACUUUGCUGUGCCUCGUAACUACAAGUUAGUUGCAGCACCGCUGUUUGAAUUGUAUGAUAAUUCUCCUGGUUAUGGACCAGUCAUAGCCAGUCUUCCUCAAGCGCUUAGUAGGUGAGUGGCCUAACCUGUCAUGUUACUUUUUACCUGCAUUCAAUUAAAAACCAUUUUAUGAAAAGGUGGAAUCAAAAUUAAUGAUAGAGGUGAAAAAUCAAUACAAGGAGAGGGGUGUUUUAUUGUUAAGAGGGUUAUUAGUUCCCAGCCUCAUCCUCCACAUGGAGGACCAGAGAAACAACAGAUGACAACUGUUAAAGUGUACAAUGAAAGGCAAACAACCACGGUGUAGUUAUGGGGGACUUUUAGUGUUUUAUCUGUCCACAAAUGCAGUUCAAACCGACAGCUAGUUCUUAUUUA